AUGUCUACCGCCCAAUUUGCGAUUGAUCUCUCCGUCUCUGACGAUGAGAAUGAUAUUUCUCCUUCAUCUGGAUUGACCACGUUCAACCCAUCAAGAAAACCAGACACAACCGCAACAAACGUGACGACAAACACGAGCCAGGAACUUGCUGGAACCAUCCGCAGAACGUCUGACAACACAGCAGUCAGUCCUACUCCUAGAAAAAAAGCCAAGCCUAGCACGUCGUUCGCUUUGAUUUGGGUAUGCACACACGGAAAUGGCCGCCGAACAGGUUGGCGCAAGAAGGAUUUAAAGUUGGUCGGCAUCUACGCAUCCAAGGCAGCUGCUGAAGAAGCCAAGCGAAAGGUCAUGAGCGAGCAUGAGCGUGCUGGUCAUGGAGAUAUUUGUGUUGGAGACACCUGGGAAGAUGAAAUUGAUUUGUUGAUUCGUGAGGCUCCUCUCUUUGUGUAG